AGUUAACAGUCAACUUCCGGGAAAAGUAAACCGAGUCACAUAGUCAGUGACAGACUAUCACAGUAUGUAAGUCAGCUUCCGUGGAAGAUACAAGCUAAAAUGUUUAAAAGGUUGUUAAACAGGAAGGAGAGUGAAAAGGUUUCAGCAGAAAAUGGUGAUUCCAAGUCCCCACAGGCCACUCCUCAGAGAGUUCCCACCCACACUGAUGAAGCACAAGGUUUUGUCUGUCCGAUUUGUAUGAUAUCUCUCCAGUCGCCUGAAGGAUUACAGGAACACUUUGAGGAGGCUCACGAUGAAAGCAAACAAAGUCAAGGGGAGGGAUUUUUAUGUCCAAUUUGCAAGAAAUCUUUACCAUCUCCUGAAGAGCUCCAGGCUCACUUUGAUUCCACUCAUGAUGAGAAGGCAGUGACAUCAGAAAACAGAGAUGGAGAUGUACUGGCCAUGAGACAAGAAAUUGAAGAUCUGAAAACCUCUCUCAAGGAGGAGAGAUGGUACACCGGGGAACUGAAGAAAGAACUGGAGAGGGUACCUGUGGAAGGAGGGACAAAGGCUAUCCCAUUGUCUGCCCAGGAGAGAUCUGAGUUAGAGAUGAUGAGACUACAGCUGCGGGGUUCAGAAGAAAGUCGCACAUUGUUGAGUUCCGAGGUUCACCAUUUACAAACCAAAAUAUCUGAACUGAACAGUAAGGUAGAGAAUGUGACACUAGAGAGAGACAGGUUCCAGUCAAAGUCAGGAGAAAUGGCCUCCGAGUUGGUUGCAGUAAAAGCCAGAGCAGAUGAAAUUGAAGGCCAACGAGGAGCUCAUGAAGACCACAUUUUGACCCUGAAGCAACAAGUGGAACAGAAAGAGGACCAGAUCAAGGGUCUGGAGAUCCAGCUAAAUCAAAGACCAGGAACAGAGGACGUCCUCGUGUUAAAGCAAGAACUGAUCUCCGUACAGAAGCUGAUGGAUAACAUGACACUGGAACAGGAGAAAGAGAAGGAAGAACUACAGGGUAAAAUGUCAGCGCUAGAGGAGGAGUACAAGGGUAAACUUGAAAGAAUUAGUGAACUGGAAACACAGCUAACUAGCGCUCCUAAAUCUGAGGAAGUUCAGUUACUGCAGACAGCCAUAUCAGAAAAGUCACACCACACAGAGAAGUUACUUACUGAGAUCAAAGAAAAGGACUCUACCAUAGAAAACCUGACUCAGGAUGGAAAUAAGAUUAAAGAGGAGUUACAAAAAUCCCAAAGUAGAAUAGAAGAAAAAGACACAAGUAUAUCCAAACUUCAAGGUGACCUAGAUGAAGUUUCUAAGGAUCUAGAAACUGUCAGACACCAGUUACAACAGAAGGAGGACCAGUUUAAUCAGCUUCAGUCUGACUUGCAGAAGGGCCAACAGCAGAGCACUUCUGUGAAUCAGAUGUUGCUGGAAAAGUCCAAUCAAAUUGCAGAAUUAGAGUCAGCCCUGGAUAGUCGGGUAUCAGAUCUCAACCAAUCAAAACAAAACUUGGAGGCUUUGCAGAAAAAAAUGGAAGAAACAUCACAAGAGUUACAGAAGAGCCAAGAGACUGCACACGAGAGGGAGAAACAAAUAAGUGACUUAGAAAAAACCCUGACAGACAAUAAGACUCAGGCCCAGGAACAGCUUCACAAGAAGGAACAGCAGCUUAAUGAGGCCAAAACAGAACUAGAAAAGAUCCAGGCAGCAUGUGAUACCAGAAGUUCCCAGAUUUCAGACCUGGAGCAACAGCUAAACACGAUGACACAGCAUUAUCAGGACGAGUGUACAGCAUCUGAUGAACUGAAAACCAACCUCCGAGACAAAGAGCAACAAAUGGAGGAGGAAAGCAGAAAAAUCACAGCCAGAGACCAGAAGAUAUCAGAGUUAGAUUCUCUGCUGGGAUCAUUGAAGGAAGAAAUGGGCCGAUUAGAAACGGAGAGAACAGAUCUCAUAGCCAAGAUCGAAGCCGGUGAGGGGACACAGACCGUUAUCAAUCAGUUGAAACAGGAAAAGACAAUACUCCAAGAAAAACUAUCUCAGCUGGAGCAGUCACUCGAGUCACAGAAAUGUGAGAGUGAAGAGAAGAUAGAAAAUCUUCACAAGCAACUGAAAGAGGUCAGAGGUCAACUACAAACAGCUCAGGACAAAACACACAAACAGAAGUCUGCUCUGGAAGAAAAGACAGAGAAAAUUCAAACUGCACAACAGAAAAUUCAACAGCUGGAGGGUGAUUUGAAGACAAAGAGUGAGCUGCUUAUUGCAGCUGAAGCGGCCCGGUCAAGCCAGAGAGCUGACCUAGAAAAUCACAUUAAAACAUCACAGAAUAUCUUGGAGGAAAAAUCUGGAGAGCUUGCAAAAGCCCAGAAACAGAUAGAGCAGAUGUCCCAGGAAGUUGCGUCUAAGAAGGAAAAGAUCACAACCUUGGAGAAUUCUAUUAAGGGACUCCAAGAGAAGACAAAUGCUUUGUCACAGCAGACUGUGGUGCUGGAACGACAGCUCAAAGAAAAGACAGCAGCUUUUGAUAAAAGUUCAUCCCACUCGACUGAUCUAGAGGGUCAGUUAUCUACUGAGAAGGCAAGUAACAAAGACCUGAAACAACGGCUGACUCAACUGGACAAGGACCGUAACUCUGAGAAGAAAGCUCACGAGACAGAAGUUAGUAAAUUAAAGGGAGACAUAGAAAAACAGACCACAGAGAGGAAAGCCAUGGAGGCACAGAUCACCACAUUGAAAUCUGAGGGAGACACAAAAGUUAAAACAAUUAAAGAAAAAACCAAAGAGGUGGAAUCCCUGAGGAAAGAGAAGGGUGACAGAGAGAAAGAGCUAAAGGAGUCGAAGGCUGCCCUCGGGAAGAUGGAACAGAACCACGCUGCAGAAGUGAAGAGACUACAGGAUGAAAUGAGUCAAGCACAAAGUUCAGCUCAGGAAAAACACAGCAGUCUCCUGCAGCAGAUUGAUGCUGCCAAAGAUGAGAAGUUUAAAUUGUUUGAAGAAAGGUCAGGACUGGAGAAAAAGAUUGUGGAGCUGGAGGCAUCAAUCAAGGCUACAGAAAAAGAAAUCAAAGCAAUGGUAGACACACAUGCUAAGGAAAAGACAGCAUUAGAGGGUGAGUUCAAGAAGAGAGAAGCUGAACUGAAAGCAGAAAUGAAUACUCUGUCUGUAGAAUUGAAUGAUGUCAAGUCCCAGCUGAACACAGAGAGGGAAUCUCUAUCCACAAAGACAGAGUCUGAGAGUUCUCUCAAGAGCAAGAUGUCAGAUUUAGAGUCAAAGAAGAGGGAAUUGGAAGAAACCAUUGAAAGGUUGAAAUCUGAGCUGGAGACAGAGAAAGAAAAUCUAGCACAGCAGAAGGAGAUCAGUGAUCUGAAAACACAGCAACUACAGACAAUGAUAGAGGACAAAGUAUCGGAGGCCGAAAAACUGCAGGGGCAGAACAAGGAACUUCAAGAAAAGUUUGAGAAAACUGUUAAGGAAGGAGAAAGUCUUAAGGCUGAUAAAGCAGAUCUACGUGGGAAGGUGGAGGAACUUCAGAAGGAGUUGAAUGACUCCAGAGAGAAGGAGGGGGAUCUCAAUCAAUCAUUUGAGGAGCUCAGUGAGAUUCGAAAUGCGAUGAAUACCCAGAUGGUUCAAUUGGACAAAGAUCUGGCAGAAUUCAAAGAGAAAGCCGAGAAAUAUCAGAAGGAAAAGGAAUGUUUGGAAUCAGAAGUUGAAGAACUUGAGAAAAAAUAUGGAGAGACAAAAAUUACAAGUGAUUCAUAUGAAAAGGACAUUGCAAACCUCAAGACAAAUCUGGACAGAGAAAAGUCAGAGAGGAAACAGGAAGUUGGGAGUCUUGAGGAAGCUAAGGAACUGCUAAUUAGCCAGAAGUUGGAGCUGACCAAUCAAAUGAAAGAUCUUAAAGAGCAUCAUGAACAGGUCAAUUCAAAACAAAAGGAGGAGAUGGAGGCAGCAAGAAGUAAACAACAAACUCUACAGGAGGAAAGUUCUAAACUACAGAACAGACUGAACGUUGCUGAACAAGGGCGAGAAGACAUUCAGAGACAAGCAGAUGAAGAGAGGGCCAAGUUCGAGGUUCAGAUGUCUGUUCUGAAUGAGAACUUGACCACCAUACGUGGAGAUCUUGUGUCCACCCAAACAGCUCUGGAAGAGGCAAGCAAACUCAACGAUCAACUGAGAGGGGAAAAACUUGAAAUGGAGGCCAAAUUAGAAAACAACAAUGAUGAAAGAAGAAUUUUACUGGAAAGAUGCUUAACAAGUGAAGAGGAAUGUGAGAAAUUGCGACAGAAGUCUACAGAUCUGAAACGAAAACUGGAUGAUACACAGGCAGCUUUACAAGAACUGGGGAGAGAGAACCAGUCUCUACAGAUCACCACAACAAAAGUAAGCAGCAGGAAAUGGGCAGAUGACAGUGAAGUCAAGGAGUGUAUGAGCUGCAACAAAGGAUUCUCAGUCACUGUCCGACGGCACCACUGUAGAAACUGUGGCAAUAUAUUCUGUAAUGAGUGCUCAUCAAAAGAAGCCAGAUUGGCCCUGGCUAAAAAACCAGUCCGAGUGUGCGAUAACUGUUUCCGUGACAUCACUCGCAAAAAAUGAAGAUAACAGCGCAGUUGAUCUGAAAAAUGACAUAAAACUUGUACCUGUGUGUAUAGAACUUUCCAGCUCCUAACACAUGCAGUGAUGAGACCAAAGUCCACGUGAUGCGUAUCGAAAAAAAUACAAAGUGCAUGACUGUUGAAUUAUGUUAAUUACACUGAACUAUUAUGUAUAUUUGUCUAUCGUGUUUAUUACACACUUGGACUCUUAAGUACUGAUAAUGAAAACAUGUGUACGAUCUGUUAAUUGGUAGUUUGAAAACAAUUUGCAAUUACAGAAAGCACAAUAGCCAUGACCAAGAGAACCAUGGGUUACACCAUUCAUCUUUUCCCUGUAAGACAUGUGAACUUGAAAACCCUACAGUGACCCCAUUUUGCACGUGUAGGGCACAUUUGUUUGUUUGCUUGACGUCCCUUUGAGAAAUGACACGUGAUGUUAACUGUAGAUGAAGUACCACAAAUUCAGACAUAUGCUUAGCGCAGUGUCAAUGCCUGCCGCUACCUCGGUUUCAGGUCUCAUGCAAAAGACCCAUCAAUGUACAUGAUUGUCGAUUAAAUAUGUUAAGUAAAGUGAACUAUGUAAAACUUAUACGGUACCAAUUUUGAUGCACCAGAUGCGCAUUUCGACAAAUAAUGUCUCUUCAGUGAUGCUCAACCGAAAUCUUUGAAAUCCGAAAUAACUAUGAAGUUUUAGAGCUAAAUAUAGCCAAAAACAGCGUGCCAAAAAAGUGGAGCCAAAUUCGUCCAAGGAUAAGAGCUAUGCAUGAGGGAGAUAGUCCUUAAUUUUGAAAUGAAUUUCUAAAUUUUGUAACAGCAAUUAAAUAUGCAUCCGUAUUUUCAAGCUAGUAACGAAGUACUUAGCUACUGGGCUGUAGAGACCCUCGGUGAGUAACAGUUCACCAGCAGAGGCCUCGACCCAGGGGUCAUAAUGUAAAACUUAAACGGUACCAAUUUUGAUGCACCAGAUGAGCAUUUCGACAAAUAAUGUCUCUUCAGUGAUGCUCAACCGAAAUCUUUGAAAUCCGAAAUAACUAUGAAGUUUUAGAGCUAAAUAUAGCGUGUGUUUGAAACACGUGGAAUCCAUGUCGCACUGAUAAGGAAAACAUGUGUAUGAUAUUAAUGGUUCUUUGUCAAAACAAUUUUCAAGGCAAUUACAGAGUAUAAUAACCACGACCAGGAGGCCCAUGGGUUACACAAUGCAUCCAUCUUUUUCCUCCCCGAGACAUAUAAACUUCAAAACCCUAUUGCGGCUAUAUUUUGCACCUAGGGAACAUUUGUUUGUUUGGGUUUUUUUGGGUUUUUUCUUUGUUUGUUUGUUUUUGUUUUUUGUUUUUGUUUUUUGUUUGUUUGCUUUACGCCCCUAUGAGAUUUUUUAACACCACACCAGCUGUAGGUGUCAGAAGUGCAGCAAAUUGAGUCAUAUGUAUUGCACACAGUGCCAUCUAGGGCUGUGUUCAAUAUCAUACCUGCUAGCCUAGCUAUGUAUAUUAAAUGCACUGUAUGAAGGGUGAAGAUAACGAACAGUGAUCAAUCUCAUAACUCCUGUAAGCAAUACAAAAUAGAGAGUUGGGCAAACACGGACCCCUGGACACACCAGGGGUGGGAUCAGGUGUCUAGAAGGAGUAAGCAUCCCCUGAACUAAAAUUGUUAUCCCUACGUAGGCCUAGCCUAGCACACGGUUCAAGAUUAUAGCGAUACCGAGUCCUACGUAACCGCUACGAUCUUGAACGCAGCCCAGAUGUAAGGUACCGGAAUCUACCGAAGUUUGCCGAAUGUCUCGACUCGUCAGAGGGACACAGACUACCAAUCAUUAUGCUAUAGAUUCCUUUAUAACAUGAAAAUUAAUAUUUAAAAAAUCCACCGCCUCAACUUACCUAACAUUUGGCACAGAGUUAGAACAAUGAACAAUUCAAGUCCCAAAAUAUUUGUGAACCUGAGGAAAAUCCACAGAACACACGUCCUGUUAUGACACCGCAAGUAACCCCUACCCUGCAUAUUUCCAUUUGAGAAGCAGGAAAACAAAGGCCUAUUUACGCCUUUCCUACUAUGCACUUAAGAGCAAAAUUUCCCAUUAUUAUAAUUUUUUAAAGACCCUUUCCUUUCCAUCAAUGCCCUAAAAUAACACAAUUCCACCCCAUAUACAUCCCCAAGAAUUUAAAGAAAAAACCUCUAUUUAUAAACUGGCACUACUCACGGAACACAGGCACUCGACGUUUUAAAUAUCUAUAAUUUAAAAAAAAAUGUUUUUCUGUAAACAUAAUAUUAUGUUUACAGAAAGACAAUUUUUUUUAUCAUAGAUAUUUAAAAAACGUCGAGUGCCUGUGUUGCGUGAGUAUUCUAUAACCAGAGAUGAGUACACGGCGCCAUCUUUGCAUAGUAAACAAUUAGACGGUCACGUCAAACGUCUAUAACGAUUGAGGGGCAUUUCCACUGCAAUGUGACACAAGUUGAAGCCAUAGGAACAUAUAUAUACGCUUGACGUGUUCUAGGAAUAGGUUCCCUCGGUCGUAUCAAUAAAAUACAAAAUCAAAUGGUACAAUGGCUUUCUUUGGGAUAUGAAGGCUACAGGUAUUGCAAAAAUAAAAGUUCUUCAAGCGUUGUGUUUUUUUUGUUUUUUUUUAUCGCCUUUUAUAAUCAUGCAAACAGUUUGACUGCUUGGUGUCGAGGAGCAAAAAUAAAAAUUUAUUUAAAAGAUUGCAUUAAUUUUGAUGGUUUUGGGCCCAUUAAUUACUCGGGUCCUAGAAAGGCAGACACCAUGAAAUUCAAACUUAUUGUUCCCCAAUACCAAUAGAUGCUAUAAAAUUAAAUGAAUUAGAAUUGGCAACUCAGCCUUUGAAGAGAAGACGCUCAAAAUAUUCAGAAUCGGGAAAUCUGACAUCAGAAAAAAAAUUAUAAGUCAAUAACUUGUACCUAUUGAAAAAUGCUCAGUAGAAAACACCCUAAAUUUCCGCCAGAUAGAUAGCUCCUACUAGAAGGCUAAAAACAAAAACAAAAAUUCUUUGUUUAAUUUCCGUCAGGUAAAUGCUUUAAACGCUACCCGAGGGGGGGGGGUGAAAAUAAAUAUACACGAAUUCUAUAAACGUAUCAAACAAACAUCCAAAUCCAAAUGAAAAAAAAACAAACCCAAAACCUGAUUACUUGGGCGUUUGUUGAUGUUGAUUAAGUCCCAAAAGAAUGAUAUACAGUGUAUAUGUUGAAUGGAAGAUAUUAUAUAGUUGCUGCUCUCUCUAAAAGAAUUAUUAUGCACAUCAAUUGAAUCAAUGAUAUUGAUUCAGUUGAUAUCAUCAAUUUAUUUGAGAAGAUCAAGAUCAACAAUUCAAUUAUAGCGCUCAUCAACUCAUUAGAAUAAUUAAUGCUAUCAACAACGUAAUAAAUGCGCGCAAUAAUUCAAAAUUAAAGAUAGCAAUCAUUAUUUGAAGAAACCUUUAAUUCAAUUGGUGUGUGCAUCAAAUGAUUUAAUCAUUAAAGAUAUUUUCAAUCAUUGAGUUGGUGUUCAAUUUUUGAGUUGAUGUUAAUUUUGGCGCUCCAUAUUUAUGCAUGUAAGUGCAUGGUAUCGUAUCU